UUCCGGGUCGGGCUGAACUGCAGCCCCGCGCUCUGCUCGCUGCGCCGGUCCCCGGUCCCCGGCUCUCCGGAUCUGGGCAGUCGCGGCUACGGGGGCCGCUCCCGGGGCCUCAUGGCCGAGGGGGACACAGGGAGCGACCAGAGGCAGAAUGAGGAAAUUGAAGCAAUGGCGGCCAUUUAUGGCGAGGAAUGGUGUGUCAUUGAUGACUGUGCCAAAAUAUUUUGUAUUAGAAUUAGCGACGAUAUAGACGACCCCAAAUGGACACUUUGCUUGCAGGUGAUGCUUCCCAGUGAAUACCCAGGUACAGCUCCACCUAUUUAUCAGUUGAAUGCUCCUUGGCUAAAAGGGCAAGAACGGGUAGAUUUAUCGAACAGCCUUGAGGAAAUAUACAUACAGAAUAUUGGUGAAAGCAUUCUUUAUCUGUGGGUGGAGAAAAUAAGAGAUAUUCUGAUACAGAAAUCUCAGUUGACAGAACCACCAGGCCCAGAUGUAAAGAAGAAAACUGAAGAGGAAGAUAUUCAGUGUGAAGAUGAUCUCAUUUUAGCAUGUCAGCCAGAAAAUCCAGUUAAGGCAUUGGAUUUUGAUAUCACUGAAAAUCAGCCAGAAAUAGAAGAGUUACCUCCAAUUGAUCAUGGAGUUCCUAUUACAGACCGAAGAAGUACCUUUCAGGCACACUUGGCUCCAGUAGUUUGUACUAAACAGGUGAAAAUGGUUCUUGCCAAAUUGUAUGAGAAUAAGAAGGUAGCCAGUGCCACUCACAACAUCUAUGCCUAUAGAAUAUACUGUGAAGAUAAGCAGACAUUUUUGCAGGACUGUGAGGAUGAUGGGGAAACAGCGGCUGGUGGACGUCUUCUGCAUCUCAUGGAGAUUUUGAAUGUGAAAAAUGUCAUGGUGGUAGUAUCACGCUGGUAUGGAGGAAUUCUGCUAGGACCAGAUCGUUUUAAACAUAUCAACAACUGUGCCAGAAAUAUACUAGUGGAGAAGAACUAUACAAGUUCACCUGAAGAAUCAUCUAAGGGUUUGGGCAAGAACAAAAAAGUAAAAAAAGACAAGAAGCGGAGUGAACAUUAAUACUUGAAACUAUAUGAAAGGGUAAUUUUCCUAUAAUGACAAACAUCUUCUAUAGUCAUCAGGAAUAUAUGAUCCUGACUGCUCAAGUCAGCCAAUUCAUCAUGGACACCAGCAUUAUCUUUUCUUCUUUAGUAUAUCAUCUGCCAAAAAUAGAGAACUUAGACUAUAUUCAUGUGUGUUUUUGGCUUUUUGAGAAGAACUAAUUUGUGCUUAAUCAUUAACCUAUCAAAUUUUAGGAAAGUGACAGUUGCCCAGGCCAGUGCCUGAAUUACUGCUUCACUUAAGUACAUGUCAAGUGCCUUUGUUAGGUGGGGAAGAAAUGUCUCCAAAGGACUAUAAAUGCCUGGUUUCUUGUCAUUGAGGUUCUUGUACUGUUAAAUGAAUAUUGCCUUUUCUGCUCAUUAUGGCUUAUUGACAUAGAAGGUCACUGAAGUUUGAUGUUGGAGAAUUUCUUCCUGUGAUUUCAGUUCAAAAUGUGCCAUUUUUCAUUUUAGAGUCUUUGUCAUUGAGUAAUAAGAGAAAAUCCAGAAGUAUCUAUCCACAGUUAUGUGCUGAGGUGGUAAUUUAUCAAACAUUUGUUAGCUUAAGUGUUACGCCUCAAUUUCUGUCAGAAAUUGGUGAUAGUGAAAUUUCAAAAAGUGAUUUUGUGGUCUUUACUUUUUGUUGUUUAAUUCUUGUAAUGCAAAACAAAGAAUAUGGAAUGUCAGUAGGCUCCUUCCACCUCUGAACUGUGCUCAUGUCAUAUUCUGGUCUAACAACCUGGUUGUAUCUUUCUUCUGGUCUUCAUUAAGGUACUUAAACAAUGCUAGGAGCUAUACUGUGGCUCAUGGGGCAUUUAUAGACUGGAUGACAAAACUGUACUAGUCUGAGGCAAAAACUGUAAUAAAUUUGGUACUUAUUUCUCUGUGCUCCUUUUUAAAUACAUGGUUUUUGUGGAGAGAAGGAAGAGCAGAUAUUUUGAUUGGAAACAACUCCUCUAAUUCUUAGCAAAUUUAUUUCACCUGCAAGUUGCCUGUAGGCUUUCAAACAACAUUGUUUCCUUUCAGAUAGGCUGUCAGACAAUUAGAAGUGAUCAACUGACCAUAGAUUUGUGUAGGAGCUCUUUCCUAAGGAAGAGAACAGACAUUAGGAGGCAGCUUUGGAGAGGCGUUAGAGCAACAAA